AUGUCAUUUCAACGUCGUAAAGCAUUUACGAUUGAGGAGAAAGGUGCAAUAAUAUGUAGAUUAGAAAAUGGAGAAUCGAACUCAUCUCUCGCAAAGGAAUUUGGCUGGCACAAAAAAAAGAAAUUGCUCAUUAUUGGAAAGUCACAAAAACCCAGAUGUUUUAAAGGUGUCAAAUCAUUACCUGUCGAUUAUGCUAACAAUCGUAAAGCUUGGAUGACAUCAGAACUUUUUGAAAAAUGGUUUCGAGAUUGGGAUCGUGAUCUAGUGAUGAAAAAGAUUUUAUUGCUGGUUGAUAAUUGCCCGGCGCAUCCAAAUGUUACUGAUUUAAAGUCUAUAACACUUGCUUUCCUUCCGCCGAAUACAACAUCAGUACUACAACAUGCAGGAUUCAUUGAAAAACACGACGGUUUACCUAAUCAAAUAUCAGAACAUGAAUUUUAUGAAGAAGAUGAAGUCCCUUUAUCUUUGUGGUCACGAAAUCUAAAUUCAGAUUCUUUAGCAGCACCGGUAAUGUGGGAAGAUUAUGUUGACAUCGAUAGCGCUCUUCUCACAUCCGAAGAACCCACCGAUGACAAUAUCGUACAGAAUAUUAAUGCUAAGGAACAACUUGAAAGUGAUGGCGAAGAGGAAGUCGAGGAAGAAUCAUUACCUACCGCAGAAGAGGCUGAUGUGUUAGCAGGAAAAGCUUUUGAUGAUUCAAAUCCCAGGCGAACAUCAACUGGUCCUGAUUUCAAGGAUUCAUUCCGUUUAGAACAAUAA